AUGUCGUCUGGUGCAGAUCGCUACCUCACUGUAUUCUCAGCGGAAGGCCGCCUUUGGCAGGUGGAAUAUUCCUUCAAGGCAGUGAAGCAGGCAGAAGUUACCGCUGUUGCUGUUAAGAGCAAGAAUGCAGUCUGUGUCGCUGUCCAAAAGAAAGUUUCUGAUAAACUUAUUGAUCCAAGUACAGUAACACAUAUGUAUCGCAUUACAGAUAACGUUGGUGCAUGCCUUGUUGGCUUGCCUUCCGAUGUUAACUUUAUCGUCAUGCUUCUUCGUAGCUUUGCUAAUAAUUUCGAAUAUAAACAGGGAUUCUCAAUUCCAGUUUCAAUUCUUGCACAAAUGCUUUCAGAGCGUCACCAACUCGAAUCACAACUCGUUUACGUUAGACCAAGUGCUGUUUCAGCCAUUCUCUUUGGCUUAGAUGGCCCAUCAGAUUCAUUUGCUCUUUAUAAAAUUGAGCCUUCUGGCUAUUCUAAUGGUUUCCGUGCUGUCGCAUGCGGUGUCAAAGAAAUUGAAGCUAUGAGCGCUCUCGAAAAGAAGAUGGAAGACUUCGAGACACCAGAGGCUACCGCCGAAUUUACUCUCUCAACUCUCCAGACUGUUUGUGGUGUUGAUUUCGAAGCUCAAGACGUGGAAGUUUCUCUUUUGACAAGAGACAAUAGUAAAUUCUCCAAGCUUCCUAAUGAUAAGGUUAACGAAAUCCUCCAUGCUGUUGCUGAAAAAGAUUAA